AUGGUAAAGAGGCUGCAGGCAGCGACGGCUGAAGAUGAAGACCUCAGGCGAGUGAUGACCGCUCUCGAGAAUCGUGAGGCCAUUCAAGGGCAGUUAUCGCCGGUGGCAGCAGAGUUGUCGGUUGUGAAUGGUAUCCUUAUGAGAGGCGCUAAAGUAAUAAUACCAAAGAAGCUACGGAAAGAAAUUCUGGACCGCGUGCACGAGGGGCACCUCGGGGUGAACAAGGCAAAGGCGAGAGCUGGAGCCCUAAUGUAUUGGCCGGCUAUGCAAAAGGACAUUGAGGAAAAAACGUCAAAAUGUGAGACCUGCUGUCGCUACGCGUAUCGGCAGCCAUCAGAGCCAGUGCUAAUGAAGCCUGUCCCGUUGUCGCCGUGGUCAAGAAUAGGGUUGGACCUGUGUGAGCAUGCGGGAGUGCACUACUUAGUGGGCUAUGACGCUCACUCAAACUACCCAGAAGUAGAACAGCUGACUCAAACAACGAGCCACCAAGUCAUCCAGAAACUGGAAAUGUGGUUUGCCAGGCAUGGGAUACCUUUAGAAGUGUGCACGGAUGGGGGACCGCAGUUCUCCUCGAGGGAGUUCCUAGAGUUUGCCAAGCUAUGCGACUUUCGACACGUGGUUUCGAGUCCGAGGUUUCCAAGGGCAAAUGGGCUAGCCGAGAAAGGAGUACAAGUGUUCAAAAGACUCCUGAAGAAAACAAAGCAUGCUAAUGAGCCUCUGUGGCUUGGACUUCUAAACUACAGGUCAUCGCCACUAGAGGAUGGAAGGAGCCUUGCGCAGCUGCUGAUGGGAAGACAACUUCGAGGCCGUCUUCCAGACUUCUCCACCCCUCAGGCAACCGAGGUGAAGAAGCAGACACAAAGGCACCGGCCAAGGCCGGAACUACCGCCACUCAGGACAGGAGACACGGACCGCCUUUUAGAAGAUCAGGGUUGGACUAGCAGAGCCAGAGUAACGCGGCAGGUCACACCACGAUCAUAUUUGAUGGAAACCGAAGACGGGAGCCUACUGCGUCGAAAUCAGCAGCACAUCCUGCGGACGGCAGAGCCGUUCCACUCGCCUACACUCUAA